GGAAAAAUCUUCAUUAUAUAUUUUAGUUUUGAAAAAUUCUUUUUUUUUUCUAUGAUCUUUCUAAACGUUUAUAAUUGUUUGUAACAUUUAAUAUAAAAUUUUAUUACACUUAUCAUUUUAUUCUUGGGUUUGGGUGUGUUAUUUGUGUGGUUAGUUUCCUUCCCCCGGGGAAGAGGGCUUUUGAGAGUGUAGUAAUUUGCAGACUGAGAGUAAAUAAGGUUUGAAGCUUGAAGGCAUGGCGAUCGGGGCCAUACAUUUCGCAGCACCUUCAGCCUCCGCCUGCAUCACCAACAAGGAAUUCAACAUCAUCCUAUGCAGUGGUAACGGAACAAAACGAAGAAUUAAGUCGUUUAUGACUACUUCCUCUUCAUGUAGCAGCAGCAGCAGAAGAAGAAGUGGAAGCGUCGUGAUUAGGGCAAUCAAAGAGGAGGCUAAGCCGAAGCAGAGUGAUUCUUCUUCACCAGAUGUGAUAACCCAGAAGUACGGCCUUGAAGCUGGUCUAUGGAAGAUAUUUAGCUCAAAGGAGGAGGAAGAUGAGAAUGUGAAUGUGAAGAAAUCAAAAGGGGAUCAAGCAAAAGAGUUGUUGACUAAAUAUGGUGGAGCCUAUUUGGCCACGUCUAUUACUCUCUCUUUGAUCUCAUUUUCCUUAUGCUAUGCCCUCAUUACUGCUGGUGUUGAUGUUCAAGCCUUGUUACAAAAGGUGGGGAUUUCAGCUAAUGAAACAGGAGAGAAAGUGGGGACCUUUGCAUUGGCAUAUGCUGCGCAUAAAGCUGCAUCACCCAUAAGAUUUCCGCCUACUGUAGCACUCACACCAAUUGUUGCUAGUUGGAUAGGCAAGAAAGUGGAUAAAGAUAACUAACUGGCUCAACCAUCACUCUAUUCUUGUAUUGUAUUUACUUAUACAAAAAUCCUUGUUAAGGGAUAUAUGUAUCAUAUGUAUACUGUAUACAUACUUAUUUUUGUAGCAUAUAUGUAAGGGCUAAAUACAGGAAAUAACAAUGUAAUUUCAUUUAUUUGCAUCCAUCCUACUUUCAUUUCUUAUCAUUACCCAACAUUAUACUAUCAAUUUGUUUCUUGUUGAGGCAUUGUACUUAGAAAUAGACAAGAAAAUUGUUGAAAAUAACUAUAGUUGAAGCAUUGGGGGUGCGUAUAUAACAU